CAUGACCAAGACAACCGACAACAGCUGCCAAACACCUCCUGGCAGCGGAGAUGAGGGGGAGUCAAAGCUGAGGUUUCUAAGCUGACUGGUACCUCAUGCUAUACAAACAAAUUCUCUCUCAUCGAAGUCCAAAUGUUUUGAUGAUUUUCAUGAAAUGAAAGAUGAUACAAACACACAGCAUUUGAAAUCCUGUUAAGAGAUGUGCUGUAUGGGGAAAAAAACUGAAACGGAAAAAAGACAAAUCCAGAGGGGAUUAAAGGAACUAAACAAUUGGAGAGAGAACGAGACAGAGUGAGGGGGUAGAAAGAAAGAUAGAUAGAGAGAGCCAUAUUGGGAAUAAUCACAGUGUGAGAGGGAGAGACGUGAGGCGGUGCUCUGAAUAGGAAGCAGAGGGAAGGAUGGGAAGAGAUUAGUGCUGCGCUCUGUGGACUCAUCACUCAAUAAAAGGACACUCUGCAAACAACACGGGCGCUCUGCCUCAGGAGAACUGGGAAAGGUGCGAGUUUCAUUUUAGGGAUAUAUAAAAACUUACUGGAAAUCGCUUUGGACUUUCUGGAUAUUUUCAGAUCAGGAUAAUCAGUUUGAACAACUUCUAAUUAUGGAUUGUUACAGCAAAGUAAGAACAGAGGAACCAGAUCUAAGAAGGUUCUAAGUGACUUUUCCGUGCAUUCCUCGCCCCUGAUACUACCCAUCUGCUCUUAUAUUACAUGCGUAAUAUACAGAAAAUAUACAUGUGUGAAAUACUGGAGGACAACCUUUCUAGGAUUUAAGAACAGAGGGCUUCCUAUGUUGAGUGUUUCUCCAACUGUGCCAGCACUCUUCCUGAUAGAAUCCUUUUACCGUGCAACCAAAAGAAUGACCUCUACAUCAUAUAUGGUUUUGUUCUCACUCUUGGUUCGGAUCUCAGGGGCUAGUUGUCCUCAGGGCUGCCUGUGCACCUCUGACAUACUGAACUGUGGCUCUUUGGGUCUGGAUAGAUUUCCCAACCCGCUUCCAUCCACGACUUCUGUCUUGGACCUCAGUCAUAACAGACUAACAUGGCUAGCAGCCGGCACCUUCCACGGACUCCCAAGGCUGCACGCUUUGCAUAUGUCCCAUAACCGCAUCUCCUUGCUCAGCCCGGGAGCUUUCCAUAACAUCAGCAGUCUACGAUACCUGGACCUCUCUUCAAACAAAUUGCAGGUGGUGGGGAAGUUUCACUUCCAGAACCUGCCAGAUUUGGAGGUGUUGUUGCUGUACAACAACCGUCUUUCCCGAGUGGAGAGCAACACGCUUAUGGGGCUUGGCAGUCUCAGAAAGGUAUAUUUCAGCCUCAACCAGAUCACCGACUUCCCGUUCUUCUCAGUUCGCAAGCAUAGCCACCCCAACCUGGUAACGCUGGACCUCUCCUCAAACCGACUGUUUCGUUUGCCCAUGGAUGACAUUGUGCUGUUGCCCGUUGCAGUGCAAAAAGGCCUGUUCCUGCACAACAACAGCCUGGAGUGCGAUUGCUCUCUGUACCGCAUGUUUUGGCACUGGGAGCAGAAGGGAUAUGCAAGCGUGAAAGACUACAAGGAUGACUACAAGUGUCUGAUGUAUGGUGAACCUCAAAUCUCAAUUAAUUUUCUGCGCUCUGCAUACUUCUUUGAGAACUGUACGGUUGGGAAGAUGAUAUCCCUGAUAUCCCCAAAGGCUGAUAAAGUUGUUUACGAGGGAGAACAAGUGAGACUGGACUGCACUGGAACAUUAAACGGAGAAGACCUGUCCUACAGCUGGAUCAUUCCUCAUCAAGAGAACAUCUCUCAGCUGAUCCAGAACGGAACUCUACGCCUCAAUCAAGACGGUAGCUUGGAUAUUCUUGCUGCCCAGUCCACAGAUUCAGGGAUCUACCAGUGCACUGCUGUGGAUAAUACGAGGAUGAUAAAUGAAUCACGAGAAGUGAACCUAACUGUGGUAGCCCAGCGCUCCUCAGAGGAGCCGUUCAACACAGGCUACACCACUCUUUUGGGGUGUGUUGUGACCCUUGUCCUGAUAUUGAUGUAUCUGUAUUUAACCCCAUGUUGCUGUGGUUGCUGCAAACCUCCGCCCUCCUCUCCAGCCAUCUCAACCUUUGGAGAAGACCGCUGCACUCUGGCCUCUAUCUUUGCAGCUCCUUCAACCGAUCGUCUCAAGGGCAAGUCUCAGUCCGACAGGCACGUAGUGUUUCUUGAACCACUCGUGGCAGGGAGAAACGGCCAUCCGAAAGCUGCAUUUGUUGUUGAACAGCCUGCAAUUGAAUGGGACACAGAAAACUUUACCAUUAUUAGAGAAAGAAAUUACUCAGAGUAGCACAUUUGUAACAUUUGCUUAACUGUCACAAAUUAAUCUGUCAAUUCCCUAAUAAAUCAUUUUGAUCCUCA